AUGAUAAAAAGUCUCCUAUAUCAUCAGAGAGUUCACACUGGAGAAAAGCCUUACCAAUGCAGUGAAUGUGGGAAAUCUUUUACCAAGAGCACUCAUCUUCGUUGUCAUCAGAGAGUUCAUACAGGAGAAAAGCCAUAUCAAUGCAGUGAAUGUGGAAAAUCUUUUACCAAGAGCAGUUCCCUUCAUCGACAUCAGACAGUUCAUACGGGAGAAAAGCCUUAUAAAUGCACUGUAUGUGGGAAUUCUUUUAAAAGCAGCAGUGGUCUUCAGUAUCAUCAGAGAGUUCACACUGGAGAAAAGCCUUACCAAUGCAGUGAAUGUGGGAAAUCUUUUACCAAGAGCACUCAUCUUCGUUGUCAUCAGAGAGUUCAUACAGGAGAAAAGCCAUAUCAAUGCAGUGAAUGUGGAAAAUCUUUUACCAAGAGCAGUUCCCUUCAUCGACAUCAGACAGUUCAUACGGGAGAAAAGCCUUAUAAAUGCACUGUAUGUGGGAAUUCUUUUAAAAGCAGCAGUGGUCUUCAGUAUCAUCAGAGAGUUCACACUGGAGAAAAGCCUUACCAAUGCAGUGAAUGUGGGAAAUCUUUUACCCUGAAAACUAACCUUCGUUAUCAUCAGACAGUUCAUACAGGAGAAAAGCAUAAAUGCAGUGACUGUGGAAAAUCUUUUAAACGUAGAAAAAGUCUCCUAUAUCAUCAGAGAGUUCACACUGGAGAAAAGCCUUACCAAUGCAGUGAAUGUGGGAAAUCUUUUACCAAGAGCACUCAUCUUCGUUGUCAUCAGAGAGUUCAUACAGGAGAAAAGCCAUAUCAAUGCAGUGAAUGUGGAAAAUCUUUUACCAAGAGCAGUUCCCUUCAUCGACAUCAGACAGUUCAUACGGGAGAAAAGCCUUAUAAAUGCACUGUAUGUGGGAAUUCUUUUAAAAGCAGCAGUGGUCUUCAGUAUCAUCAGAGAGUUCACACUGGAGAAAGCUAUAAAGAGUGCAAUUAAUGUGAGGUAUCUUUCAGCCAAAUUUCUAAAUUCCCUCUCCGCAUAAGAGUACAAAUGUGACCCCUAACGCGUUUGGCUCAGUGGAUAGAGCGUCAGCCUGCGGACUGAAAGGUCCCAGGUUCGAU